AAAAAAAAACAUUCGUUAAUUUAACAAUGAAAAUUUAAUACUUUGGUAAAAGUCCUACUAAUAAAUCUGAGUUUUACAAAGAAAAGCCUACAGUAUAAAAACACGUGUAACAGCAAACAAACAAACAAAGGGCACAGCCCAAACAAGUUGACAAGAGUUUAAGAUUGGAGAAAUCGAAUUUUAGGGCAAAACUCCAGAUACGGUGAAGUCAUUACGCAACUAAGACUCCCAUGGCCGACAAUUCUUCUUCUCCGGCGACGGUAGAUCCCAAUUCGCACAGACCAGAGCCAUCUACUCCGAUUCCCAAUCCAAAUCCACCAACGCCACCGCCUCAACAACACCCACAGCCACUCGACCCAACCAAACCACAGAUCUUUCAACCAGGUCCGCCGUAUGCUCCGCCUCAGAUUCCUGGUUCGCUUGUCCCCAAUCUUCCGCCGCCACCACAAUUCCGUCCCGGGAUGCAGUUCCCUCAGGUUCCCAACUUUCAAAACCCUAUUCCUCCUCCAGGAUCCAUGCCUUAUCAAUCCCAGCCUCCUCCCAAUGGUAUGAGACCUUUCACGCCUAUGCCUAAUGGCUAUCCCGCUGUUCCUCCUCCCGGGGUUCUCCGGUAUCCUUCUCCGUAUCCAACAAUGGUUCGUCCGGGUUUUAUUAUGCGCCCUCCUGGUACAGUCGGCGCUGUACCACUUGUACAACGUCCACCUAUCCCAGGAAUGCCUGGUCUCCGUCCCGUUAUGCCUCCUAUGAUUAGACCAGUUCUUGCGCCUUUCGCACCACCUGCAGAGAAACCCCAGACCACUAUUUACAUUGGCAAGAUAGCAACCGUGGAAAAUGACUUUAUGAUGUCUAUUCUCGAGUUUUGUGGUCAUGUCAAAGGCUGUUUACGUGCGGAAGAUCCGACCACCAAGAAACCUAAAGGUUUUGGAUUCUAUGAAUUUGAAUCAGCUGAAGGGAGUCUUCGUGCAAUACGCCUACUUACCAAACUAACUAUAGAUGGACAAGAGCUUUUGGUGAAUGUUAAUCAAGCAACAAAGGAGUAUUUGCUAAAAUAUGUUGAGAAGAAAAUUGAGAAUGCAAAGAAAGCCAAGGAAAGUCAAGGUGAAGGUCCUGAGAGUGAGCGAGAAAAAUCUGUAAUAUCUGCUGCGCCCACCGUUGGGGAGACGGGAAAGGAUGGAGAGCCAAAGAGUAAAGAAAACAUUGAUAUUGCUAAUUCUGCACUUCUAACUGAUGAAGAAAGAGAAGCUGACAAUGAGGCUAAGGAGAAAAUUGACAAUGCUAUUGAAGAAAGGUCAAAGACCAACCCUUUGCCUCCACCACCCCCACCCCCACCUGCUGAUGUUUCAGGCAUAGAGCUUGCUUUCAAAUCUAAGGAUGGAGACUCCAACACUAACGUAUCUCGGACUGAUUCCACUGCAAAUGAUGUUGAGACUCCUGGAGAACACAGUAGGCCUGACACAAGUUCACCUGAUUGGAGUAAGAGAAAUGACCGUAGAAGCAGAGAUAGAGGUGAAAAGGAGCAAGAAAUGGAUAGAUAUGAGAGGGAGGCUGAACGAGAACGAUUGAGGAAAGAGAGAGAGCACAGGAGGAAGCUUGAGGAUGCGGAGCGCGCUUACCAGACUCGUCUUCGACAGUGGGAACGCAAAGAAAGAGAAAAGGAGAAGGAACGACAGUACGAGAAGGAGAAGGAGAAAGACAAAGAGCGUAAGAGGAAAAAGGAAAUCCGCUAUGAGGAAGAGGAGGAUGAAGACGAUGAUGAUUCAAGAAGAAGAUGGCAUAGAAGUGCAGAAGAGAGAAGAAGACGGCGGCAAAGAGAGAAGGAGGAUGACUUGGCUGAUAGACUGAAAGAAGAGGAAGAGGUUGCUGAGGCGAAGAGGAUUGCUGAGGAGCAAAAGUUGCAGCAACAGCAGUUAGAUGCCUUAAGGCUCCUAUCUGGACAUGCAGUUAUUGGAAGUGAACCGAAUCAGACAUCAACCAUUGAAAACGAUAAUAAGGCAACUCUCCAAACUGUAGGUGAAUCUUUCAGUGAGCACCAUGCAUCAGAUAUGGAACAAAAUGGUUCUGGUAAUGAAAUGUCCAUGGCUGUUGAUAAUAACAGUGGGUCUGAGGCACAUGCUCCCUCCAAGAAAUUGGGAUUCGGGCUUGUCGGAUCCGGAAAACGGACAUCUGUACCUUCUGUUUUCUAUGAGGAGGAUGAAGAAGAAGCGCAUAAGGAUAAGAAGAUGAAACCUUUGGUUCCUAUAGAUUACUCAGCCGAGGAACAGGAAGCCGUGGCCCACGGUGGCUCAGGGAAUACACCACCACCUCAUUUGGCUUUAGCUGCUGAAUUUGCAAAACGAAUUUCGAGUAGUAAUCCCAAGGAAGAGACAACAGAAGGCGAUAAGCAUAGGAGCAAACAUUCUCAUGAUAAGCCAAUCCACCGGGAAAGGGAACGGGAAAAGGACAGAGACAGAGCCAGGGACCGAGGCGACGGGCAUGGUGGUUCAACCAAAGACGGUAAAGAUUCUGGAAAAGCAAAGACACCUGAUACCAAGAAGCUGAUGGAUGCCAAACAAUUGAUAGAUACAAUCCCAAAGACAAAGGAAGAGUUAUUUUCUUACGAGAUAAACUGGGCUAUGUAUGACAAGCACCAAUUGCACGAAAGAAUGAGGCCAUGGAUCUCAAAGAAAAUCAUGGAGUUUCUUGGAGAAGAGGAAGCCACACUGGUAGAUUUCAUUGUGUUAAACACUCAACAGCACGUGCAAGCGGCUCAAAUGCUUGAGCUAUUGCAAUCGAUACUAGAUGAAGAAGCUGAGAUGUUUGUUCUCAAGAUGUGGAGAAUGCUCAUCUUCGAGAUCAAGCGGGUCGAAACUGGUGUCCCGGUAAAAUCCAAAGCCUGAUACUUUUUUUUUUUGUUUAAAGACUUUUUCUUCCUUUGCUGCGUCCCCAAUUUUUUCAAGGUCUUGUUGUUUUUGGAUUUAAAGAAGAAUCACCAUGUUUACAGAGACAAAUCCUCUCAUACCCCUAUAUCUCAUAACACAAUCUCAAAAGGACCCUUUUGUUCUUUUAAUUUUAUGUCAAACGAAAAAAAUCAUAAAAUUAAAAUGAAAACGUUAAUAUUUUUUAUUUGAUUUAUACAAUUUGAUAAAAAUAUUUCAAAAAUCCAAAAACGUUGUUUUCCAUAUUUUCGAAAAAAUCAUUAAAAUAUGAUUAAAAACGAUUUUAAAUUUUUUUUUUUUUGAAUUUGAAAGGUAUAUAAUUUAGAUAUUUGCCCAUGGAUUCACUAAUCCAUAGGGGGGGUUUAGGGUUUAGUUUUGAUGACCGGGAAGGAUUUGAUUUGAGAGUUUGGAUUUUGAUCAAAAAAAUAAUUAUGAAAUAGGGGCAUAAGAGACUCUAGGAGCCCAUAAGAGAUUUCGCAUUUCACAUUUGGGGCACGUGAGAAGUUGGCUCGCCUAAUUAUUCUCUUUUAUCUUUGUGCAAUAAAUAUUGGUUUUUAUGAUGUUUGUUGUAUUUCCAAUAUUAUUCACUGAGCACAUAAAUUUGGAUUAUUUUAUUUGAAAUGCUUUUUGGGUGUA